AAAGUAUUUGGGCUUCGAUUGGGCUGGGGUUUCUUAUCUGAGAAGAAAGAUCAUGCACGAGGAGAUGAGUUUUCUUCCAACUUCAGCUCGCCUUUGGAUUGGCAAGUGUUCCUUUUUUUUUUUCCUUCUCUCUCUUCCUGUUUUCUGUUUGAUUCCCGGGAAAAUAGAAUCUUUUCUUUUUUCUAGGCCUUGUCCUUCUUGAAUUUCCCUCUUCCUGUGCCUAGCUUUGUCCUAAAAAUCAAAACUCUCCGAGAACAAAAAUCUCCCAUUUCGAGUCUAGGCGUUAUACGUCAGCAAACAAGAGCUUGAAUUCACAGUUCUGCGUUGACUUCGACGUAUAAUUUUCAAAUGGGGAACGCUUCCUCGUACGAUAUCGAAGAAGUUCAAAGCCAUUGUCAUUAUCUAUUUGGGCAGCAGGAAAUUGUAUCUCUCUAUCGAAGGUUUCGCCAGUUAGAUCGGAAUGCAAAGGGAUUUAUCUCAGCCGAUGAAUUCCUCUCCGUGCCCGAGUUUGCUAUGAAUCCACUUUCUCAGCGGCUGCUUAAGAUGGUCGAAGGUUUGAACUUCAAGGAUUUUGUGGCGUUCUUGUCUGCGUUCAGUGCCAGAGCAAGUGUACGGCAGAAAGUUGAAUUUAUAUUUAGAGUAUACGACACUGACUGCAAUGGGAAGGUCUCCUUCAACGAUGUCAUGGAAGUGCUGGGGGACUUGUCUGGCUCAUUCAUGUCCUAUGAGCAUAGAGAGCAAGUGCUGGGCCAAGUGCUGAGGGAAUCCGGUUACACAAGAAACUCUUACCUGACACUCGAGGAUUUUGUCAAGGUAUUUGGGGAUUCUGAGCUGAAAAUGGAGGUUGAGGUUGCCGAGGACUAAGCCUCUCAGUUUGAACUGAAGGCAAAUCAGAGAAUCUUUUCAUCAAAGGGUUUCUUGUUAGCUUCUGAUAGUUCGGUCCUAAAGGUUUUGUCUGAACUCAAGAAACUGAUACAACUAAUUUUCAUUUACACACU